GAGACGAUGGGGGACACGUCCGAUCGCCAAGGGCCGCGUCGAGAAGGUCGAGGCAAGAAGCAAGCUCAAAGAGUGCGCAUUUCCUCACCGGCACCAUGGCGUCCCAAGAAAAAUCAGGCUGCGGACCGGCCCCGCCGUAUGGGUGUCAGGCGAGGCGUCGUCACCGAACGUCGUUGCAGCACCCAAGCCGCCAGUGCCGCGCCGACAGCCAGCCAUGCGGCAGCUGGAGGGACCCCACGAAACCCCGCAGGGACGGGCACCAGCCGCGGGGCGAGCGAAGUCUCGUGGGCUGGUUCGCCCCCUCCCACGACCGAAACCGCACGUGCUGCCUCCUUCACCUGCAGUGCUGACAGGCCUUUCCGAGCUGUCGCUGGCUCCAGGGCCGGAUGCGAGUUCACCAGGAAGGUCAGCAGUGAGGACACAACUCAAGCCGGGACCCGGUCCGAAUUCGGGGCUGCCACUAAAACCAGUGCCCCGACAACUACGGCCGCCCAGGUCGCCACUGACGAACCUUCGGCUAGCAAAACUACCAUGGAAACUCCAUCGACCUCUUGGAGCAGCUCGCGUAAUAUUUUGUUCCGCGACGAACACGGCACACCACGCGGGUGUAGGGAUGAUGCAGCUGGAAGACAGGAAGUGACUCCUAUGCCGAGGUCUUGCAGGAGCUCGUUCUGGGGAAACAAGAGUGGCUCCAUGGAGCAGCGCGAGGGUGACAAAGAUUACCCCGAAGGCGAAACGAGCAGCUGGCUGUUCGGCUCGUCAGCGUUCUCAACGUCAUCGGAGGAAGAAACUAUGCGCUCUGAUCUUCAAGAGGGCCAGUCUUCCUUCGAAGGGGACCCGAACAACACCACCCUCAUGGGUCCCCUGAACUCUACGAUGGUCAGCGGCGGCCUGGAUAUAUACUUGAUGCCCACACCGACGUUUCCCCGACAUCGGCCUCAAGACGACGCUCAAGAAGAGCUCGAGCAGUCGCCGGUCGGACAAUUGAUUGAGGUCCCUCUCGGACGCGUGUCGUUUGAGCAGCAGUCUUCCAGAGAAGAGCUUCUCCUGCCGGUCGCCGAGGUACUCGCCGAUAAGACAUCAGCCGACGAGCAAAGUAGCGACGAGGUGCCUGCCGACGUGCCUGGCGACGAUGUGCCUGGCGACGAUGUGCCUGGCUACGAUGUGCCUGUCGACGAUGUGCCUGUCGAAGAUGGGCUUGUCGACGAUGGGCCUGUCGACGAUGUGCCAGGCGACAAUGUGCCAGGCGACAAUGUGCCAGGCGACAAUGUGCCAGGCGACAAUGUGCCAGGCGACAAUGUGCCAGGCGACAAUGUGCCAGGCGACAAUGUGCCAGGCGACGAUGUGCCAGGCGACGAUGUGCCAGGCGACGAUGUGCCUGUCGACGAUGUGCCAGGCCACGAUAUGCCUAUCGACGAUGUGCACGGCGACGACGAGCGUGGCGACGACGAGCGUGGCGACGACGAGCGUGGCGACGAUGAGCGUGGCGACGUCUUACAUGGCGGCACUGCGUGUGUCCAGGGUGAGCGCGCCGGACCUUCACAUCACGUGCGCAAGAAGCUCGUCUACGACGUCAACGACAUGCCGGCCUAUUCACUGCCGGUCCAUCAUUCACACAGGCGACCGAGAGAGAGCACCCCACGUCCGGUUCCACAAGAAUACUCUCGACUAGCUCGGCCAUCUGGCUGGUAUUACCAAUACGGAACUAAAACCAGCAAGAACCAAAGUAGAGCAAGCACGUACAAAGUCGCAGUUCAUAGAUGA